AAUUACAUUUUUUAAAAAUUUCAAAUUUCCCGCCGUACGUCCCGAUGUCACAGGGACCAGCACACGGAAGCCAGAUGCCAGCAUCGGCCGGAGGAGAUGGCCGGGGACGCUGCAGGGGACACAUCGCGGGAGCGAAGGACAAGGUAAGUGCUGCAGGGACCCCCGGAGAACGCCGCAUGGUAAGCCCGAGUGUAGCUCGGGGUUACCGCUCUUGGUACUGAAAUUUUACCCCGAGCUACACUCGGGAAUACCGCCAGGGAGGUUAACACCGAGCUGCCGCAUAUUUGUGUACCAUUUAAAAAAUACAUAUGUGCUGAGAGCGCGCUCCCUGUGCGCUCCCAGCACAUAUGGGUUAAGCUUUAAAAAUAAAACCUGGAAGCUGAUUGGUUUCUAU